AUGAGAGGCCCAUCUCACAUAAUCUCUCUUUUACUCUCCUUCCUAACUCCUUGCAUUUCUCUUUAUGAUCACUCUCUCUGUCUCUAUAAUCUUUAUUCUCUCCCUUUCAUUUGGUCUCUCCCUGUCACCCGCUCUUUCUGUCUCUCUAUCUCAUUCACUCUUUCUGUCUCUCUGUCUCAUGCGCUCUCUCUGUCUCAUGCGCUCUCUCUGUCUCAUGCGCUCUCUCUGUCUCAUGCGCUCACCCUCUCUUUUUCUCUCUCUCAUCCGUUCUUGCUCUCUCUCUCUCUCAUCCGUUCUUGCUCUCUCUCUCUCUCAUCCGUUCUUGCUCUCUCUCUCUCUCAUCCGUUCUUGCUCUCUCUCUCUCUCAUCCGUUCUUGCUCUCUCUCUCUCUCAUCCGUUCUUGCUCUCUCUCUCUCUCUCUCAUCCGUUCUUGCUCUCUCUCUCUCUCAUCCGUUUCUCUCUCUCUCUCUCAACCGUUCUUGCUCUCUCUCUCUCUCUCUCAUCCGUUCUUGCUCUCUCUCUCUCUCUCAUCCGUUUGCUCUCUCUCUCUCUCUCUCAUCCGUUCUUGCUCUCUCUCUCUCUCUCAUCCGUUCUCUCUCUCUCAUCCGUUCUUUUUCUCUCUCUCUCAUCCGUUCUUGCUCUCUCUCUCUCUCAUCCGUUCUUGCUCUCUCUCUCUCUCUCUCAUCCGUUCUUGCUCUCUCUCUCUCAUCCGUUCUUGCUCUCUCUCUCUCUCAUCCGUUCUUAUCCUCUCUCUCUCUCUCAUCCGUUCUUGCUCUCUCUCUCUCAUCCCUGUUAGCGUCGAGGAAAGGAGAUCUCAUUUCGUUUCUUUUUAAUUUUUCAAAAUAUCUGUUCAUUUCUUUUUCUCUUCCUUUUCAUUCCAGUUUCUUUUCAUUCCAGUUUCUUUUCAUCUGUUUUUUCACUUUCUUUUUUAUUUCAUUUUUCUUUUUGAAUUUUCUUAUUCAUUUUUCUUUUGUCUUUGUUUUUUUUUUUUUCAAUAAUUUUUAUUUUCAUUUUUCUUCAUUUCUCUUCAAUUUUUAUUACUUUUUCAUUUCUUCAUUUUUUCAUGAAUUUUCAUUUUUUCUUUUUUUUAUUUUUCAUUUCUUUUACCUUUUUUCUUCAAUUUUCCUCCAUUUUCUUUCUUCAUUUUUUUCCUCUUUUUUUUUUUUCUUUUUUUAA